AUGACAGGUAAAGGACAAGAAAAACGGGUUUCUUUCGCCCACGAGUUGGUGACAGAAAUGUGGACCGCAGGCAGUAGCGGCUCUGAGAGCGCAGAUCCACGUGACGAUUGCAGAGCGCCUUUAGAUGUGUUCUUGUUUAAACACGGUUGUUUAGUUCAUCAAAUUGUAGACUCCCUGCGCCUCGAGCUCGAGCUCCCGCUUGUGUUACGCUACCGCGUGGUGGAUUACGUGUGGCAGCAGUGUUACCGUACUGUUCUUCCUGAGGACGCGGAUUUGCCACGUCGUCCUCCCAACGUCGUGUGCACCCCGGAAGAAGAGGCGCGGGUGGCGCGGGUGGAUGUAAACAUCUCAUCAACGUCGCUUCGGCUCAUGGACGGUGUGAGCCUACACAGCUUGAGGACGAUAGCGGAGACUGCCCUUGUGUUGCAUCCGUAUUCGAGGCGACUUGACCCGGUGACACGCCCCAUUCUUGCGUUUCUCCGGCGCAACUGCACGCUGCAAUUGAGCCGGCGACAAAACUCCCUGGUUGGCCUUCUACCAAAGCUUAUGGAGAUUAUUAUUUUGUUGUGUCAAUGCCUCGAAAGCGGGGCGCGGGGUUUCUUGCGGCGGGAGGGGCGUAGCGAUCUUCUCCACAACAUUCAUAGCGAUGGCAGUCGUUCCUCGUCACUGUCGCUUCUCUCCGGCUCGUUUCGCGAUGACGCUCGCGUUGCGAAAACGAUUGGUUUCUCCCACCGCUGCGCGUGGUGGCUGAGUCGUCUCCACCACCGCGCGACCUCCCGCCCACAACGUCUUUUUAUGGAUUUGAAGGAGUUGCUGCUCCGCCCGGGCCCGCUGUGCGACGUGAAGGGAAUGUAUCUUCAGUACAUCGCACACCGCUUCUUUCCGGGGCUGCCGUUUCUCCAACGUCUACUUCUGUCGGCUGGCGGCGAUGGUGAGAAGAACGAGGAGCCGUUUCGAGAAGACCCGCUCAAACACGAUGAAGCGAGGGACUUGUGCGUGGCGAAGGAGCCUCUGGACUACGCCGGCGCCCCAAUCGGCAAAAGACUCUCAUUGUGGCAAAACGGAUAA